AUGGAGGGUAGCGGCGAAUACGGAAAAAGGACGGUGUGCCUGUCCCUGCGCUUGAAGAAACGUUACAAUACGUCCAGCCCUAACGUGACGCAAGUGACUGAGCCAUGUCCACCAGUGGUGUCACCACGGCCGGCUCCGGUGCCAUGUAUAACAGGCGGGUGCCAGUCAAGCGCUGACCUGGUGCUUAAUCAGGUGACCAACAAACUUGUAAGUGCGAUGAGCACAAUUCCGGUAAGUUCGACCUCCAUUUAUAUUUCUAAUUUCGAUCCGUCUUUUAACGAUUUCGAUAUUGGUGUGAGGAGGUAG